UUUUAUUUGCCUGCGUGCGCGCGAGUGUGAGUCGGCGGGGGCGCGCAUCGGUCUCACCUCCCCUCCCCCUCCCCCAUUAAUCCUGCUCCCUCUCUGUCUUUGUGCCGGAGAGACGCAGACGAGAAGAUACAAUGGCGGACGAAAAGCCUAAGGAUGUGCUGAAAUCAGAAAAUGACCACAUUAACCUAAAGGUGGCAGGCCAAGAUGGUUCAGUUGUGCAGUUCAAAAUCAAAAAGCAUACACCGCUAAGCAAACUGAUGAAAGCAUACUGUGAACGCCAGGGGUUGGCAAUUCGACAGAUCAGAUUCCGAUUUGAUGGACAGCCAAUUAAUGAAACAGACACGCCUGCACAGUUGGAGAUGGAAGAUGAGGACACGAUUGAUGUAUUUCAGCAGCAAACUGGAGGCCAUUACUGACGGCUCUUGCUCCCCAUGUGAUUACCAGAUCCAUGGAUUAUCUGUGCUUCUAACACAGCAAAGUUACUCUCAGCAGCAGUUUGGAAAACACUUGUAGAAUAUUUUGCAUCCGUGUACACCUUCAUAAGAGCAUUUAUUGUUUGCUGGUUAAUCUUAUUACAUUCGAUUUUAAAUAAUAAAAAUGACCAGUUUAUACAGAACAAUCGGAACUCAAUGGUUUUUACUGAAGUGUCUGACAGUAUGAUUACUUGACCAAACAAGAUUUCUAAACCCAAAAAUAUCCAUUUUAACAAACUAUAUUUUUAUUCUAUCUGUUUGUGUUUGGGUCCUGAUCUAGCUUUUAAAAAAAAAUUGCAAUAAAAUAAAUUAUUCAUUUCAUUCUUUUAAUUUAGUAGAAACUGGUAUUUCUCAAUCAAAAGCUGCCAUUUCCUGUAUCAGUGCAAAGACAAACAAAUUAUUUUAUACAAUUUGUAUUGUUGUAGACCCACAGAGCGUUUCUGGUGCUGUUUAAAGUAGUGUAAUAUAGGUCAGAAGAUGAAUUCCUUCAUUUUUGUUUUCUUCAUGUAUGCCUCUGUUUUCAUAAGUUCCUUAUUAAAACAUAAAACUGAA